GCAAACUAUAAUGCAAUGUCAAAUUUGGUUUUUUAUUUUUCUUAAAUUAAUAUGGUGAGGAAUAUUUUUUGACUAAUACCUGGAUAUGACAAUACUUUCAAACUAGGAUGAGGCUCAAAAUGAAGCUCGUACAGUUGCCUUGGAUGAAAUCGAGAAUGUGUUGAAAGUUGUAUGUGAAGUUUAUGAUUUACCUUUAGCUCAGGCAUGGGUCCCAUGCAAGGGAUGUAACUCAACUUAGCCUAACUGAGUACCCCUUGGCACACUAUGGACGAAAGAAUGGAUUAGGUGGUUGCUUCGCGAUAUGCUUGCAGAGCAGUUCCACUGAAAAUGAUGAUUACGUGCUAGAGUUCUUUUUUUCAGUGAGCAAUGAAACCAAUGAAAACCCACAUGCCUUAUUGAAGAAAAUAUUGGAAACAAUGAGGAAAGAUUUUCGUACUCUUAGGGUUGCUUCUAGAAAAGAACUUGGGAAAGAAUUACAUAUUAAAGAAAUUAGUAUUCAAAAUGGUGAAAAACUUGAUCCUGUUUGAAUCCCCCAAACUACUAUAUCUUUGCCUCAGCUGGAAUUCUCACAAAGUGAAGUUGAGGUAAUGCAAGUGGAUUCAUCAUAUCAACAAUUAGGGAAUACCAUAAAUACUGGAAGGAAUGUUGGCGAUACAGAACAUAACAACUUUGCUAUUACUUGUACGCAAGAGAAAAGCACAGUAAAAGUGUCAAAAGGAAAAUGCAACAAAUCUGGAGGCACAGUAAAGGCGUCAAAAAGAGAUGCCAACAAUAUCGGAGUUAAAAUUAAAAUUCCAGUAGAGGAUAUCCUACAAAAUUCAGAAUUGAGCCUUGAGAAUGCUGCAAAAAGCCUCAAAGUUAGCAAAUCUACAUUGAAGCAUGUAUGUAGGACUUGUGGUAUAGAGAGGUGGCCACCUCGCAAGAUAAACAAGGUUGGUUGCUCUCAACUCGACGAAUCUGCCCCAUGUGUUAAUUCUGAUCAUCUGCCUUCUACUCAAUCCUCGGCUACUGCUGUUCACAUCGAGUCAUAUGAUAAAACAAUGCAAGAUGCGAAUAAUGUGACUAUAAAAGAAAAAUAUGGAGAAGGUAUUACAAUGAAAUUUCGUUUGUCUUUGUCAUCAAGAUUCAUACAGUUGCAGCAAGAAGUGGCUAAAAGGCUAAACUUAAAGGCUAGAACUUAUUAUGUCAAGUAUGAAGAUGAGGAUGGUGAGUUGAUUUUAAUAGGUUGCGAUGAGGACUUGCAAGAUUAUAUGCGCGAUUCUAGAUCACUGGGUAGAAGUUCUAUUGUGGUAUUGCUUGAGCAAAUGUUGCCAAUUGCUGAUCAUGAAAAAAAACAAAAACAAAAACAAAAAAAAAGUUGCCAAUUACCCCCAGAACAACUUGAAUCUUGUUGAAUAUGCACUUCUGUUAAAUUGGCUGAACUUUAACUAAUGUAUGUAGUUACUCUAUUCAUUUUUUUUAAUAAAAGACAAAAAAAAAAAUUAAGAA